GGUGGUGGUGGAGAAGACGAAGAAGAAGAAGAAGAAGACGGUGGUGCCGGUGAAGAUAGUGUCGGUGAGGGUGUUUACGGUGCUCGUGGUGGUGGUGGUGUUGUCGGCUGCUGUGGUGGCGACGGCCGCGGGUGCGAAGUGCGACGAAGAGGACGGGAUUAACGAGGCGGCGAUCAGGAGAAGAAGGAGGGAGAGCGGUUGCGCCAGGAGGCCGUCUCAUCUUCUCCGAGGCGACCGGGCCGUCACCCGGCCGCGCUGUUUGGCAGCAGCAGGUGAUACAGGAAGUGCGUGAGGGUGGCAUUUGUGAAGGCAACGUGUAGCAAGAUGGGCUGUGCCAUGUCCGCGGAAGAGCGGGCCGCUCUGGCUCGCAGCAAGCAGAUCGAGAAGAAUCUCAAGGAGGAUGGCAUCCAGGCGGCCAAGGACAUCAAGCUCCUGCUGCUUGGAGCGGGCGAGUCCGGCAAGAGUACCAUCGUGAAACAAAUGAAAAUUAUCCACGAGAGCGGCUUCACGCCGGAAGACUUCAAGCAGUACAGACCUGUUGUAUACAGUAACACGAUACAAUCUCUAGUCGCUAUUCUCAGAGCAAUGCCUAACUUGGGCAUCAGUUUUUCAACCAACGAGCGAGAGACGGACGCAAAAAUGGUGUUCGACGUAAUUCAAAGAAUGGAAGACACGGAACCCUUCAGUGAAGAAUUAUUGGCGGCUAUGAAGAGGCUGUGGUCCGAUAAUGGAGUACAGGAGUGCUUUGGCAGGAGCAACGAGUAUCAGUUGAACGACUCCGCGAAAUAUUUCCUGGACGACUUGGAUCGAUUAGGAGCCAGGGAAUAUCAGCCAACGGAACAGGAUAUUCUCAGGACCCGAGUGAAAACGACGGGAAUUGUGGAGGUUCACUUCUCCUUCAAAAACCUCAACUUCAAAUUAUUUGACGUUGGUGGUCAGAGGAGCGAGCGUAAGAAAUGGAUACAUUGCUUCGAGGAUGUGACUGCAAUCAUUUUUUGCGUAGCGAUGUCCGAAUACGAUCAGGUUUUGCACGAGGAUGAAACGACGAAUCGAAUGCAAGAGAGCUUAAAGUUGUUCGACUCGAUCUGCAACAACAAAUGGUUCACCGACACCUCGAUUAUUCUCUUCCUGAACAAGAAGGAUCUUUUCGAAGAGAAAAUCCGCAAGUCUCCUCUUACAAUCUGUUUUCCCGAAUACGCUGGUGCGCAGGAGUACGGCGAAGCAGCUGCAUACAUCCAGGCGCAGUUCGAAGCGAAGAACAAGUCGACCACGAAGGAGAUCUACUGCCAUAUGACCUGUGCCACCGACACGAACAACAUUCAAUUUGUGUUCGACGCAGUCACAGACGUCAUUAUCGCUAAUAAUCUGCGCGGCUGCGGUCUCUAUUAGGCUAAUUCUGUAUUCUACGUUAAGCGCAAACGGAGGAGGAAAAAAAAAAACGUUACCACGACACGGCUGGCCGGACGACA